GAAUGCAAUUUAUUGUUGCAGAAAGUGACGAAGUUGAGCUCAGUCGCGAAGCAGCUUUAGCGUAUGAAGUCGUACGAUUCACUAAAAGAUUGUCUGAGCUAGUAAUUAGACAAAAUUACAUUAUAAUCUACCUUAGAUUGUACUGUGCAUACAUACAAUGAAAAAACGGUCAAGAGAUCAAUGCAUCCAAAGAUUCAAACAUGUGUGUGAUAUCUUGAUGCGUUCAACGUUCGUGUCUGUGAGCCCCCACGCUAGAUCUAACAUAUCCUCUUAUUCCUCACUUAAUGUUGGCAGCUCAUCAAAAAUCCGCUUUUCGAAUACCAAAUGGCAUGUAGAACACGCUAAUUCUGCACCACACGCACCCUCGAGCUCCAAGUCAUUCUCUUGGGUCACGUCCAGCAGUGUCUCACCAACGUUUGCUUUUACCGUUGUGCGCUUUCCCUCGCCGUCAAUAAAAUCAAAUGACACUUGCGAAAAGUGACGGCUGGAUGGUAAAGCAUGCCAUCGACUUGUCGAGUGUUGUAAAGCAAACGACUGGAGAGUAGCUACAAAGGCAACACAGCGUCGCACUGUAGAAGUAAAUUUUAA